AUGGGAAGACUUGAAGAAAGAUUAGUGUACCAAACAGAGUGGGUAGACCAUAUUAUACUCUGGGUACACGUUAUAGAUGAUAUAUUCCUUAUCUGGAAAAGUGAUCAAGGCUCUGAUUAAUUUCAUAAAUUACCUUAACAGUGUAGCAUCCUCAAUUAAGUUUACACAUGAAAUCUCUGCACAUUCAGUGAAUUUCCUUGAUACGACAGGUCUAAAGGAUAAUCAAGGUAACAUUAUUACAGAUGUUUAUCAGAAACCAACUGCUACUCAUCCAUACCUCCAUUGGACAUCAGCACAUCCACCUCAUCUGAAACGGACCAUCCUAUACAGUCAAGCCUUGAGGUUGAGGCGAAUAUGCUCUUCAACAGACACAUUGAAGAAACGAAUCCUGGAAUAUUCGGACCAAAGAUCGUGA